AUGUCGUACCGCUCUCCUUCUCCUGAGCAUGUCGUCUCGCUCUCCUGCAUUAACGUCGGGGUUGGCCCUGGUGGAACUACCGACAUGCUUGCCCGCGUUGCCAUCACAGACUUCCGAGGCCAAACUCUCAUCGACUACUACGUACUUCCGACUAUGCAAGUGUCCGAUUACCGCACCGCCACAACGGGAAUCCAACCGCAGCAUCUGGCGCCCGGCCGUGCCUAUCCCUUUGAGACGGUACAGAACCACGUCAAGUCUAUGAUCAAGGAUAAGGUGCUUGUCGGACACUCACUUUGGAAGGACCUUUCAGUCCUUGGGUUGCCCCAUGGCGCCGUCAACACCCGUGAUGUCGGCCUCUAUCAGCCAUUUCGCAACGCGCUUAAAUCACCUAAUCAACUCAUCGGUCUUCAAACCCUCGCUUGGAAGCUCAUGCGCCGCCAUUGCCAGCAAGACGGUCAGCAUGAUGCGCUUGAAAACGCCCGUGCCGCCCUCGACUUGUACCGCUCGCAUGCAGCGGAUUGGGAGCGAGCCAUUUCAGAGGGUCGCUGGCCGACCGUGCUCCCGCCGAGUUCCUUCUCCCGUUGCUACCUCUGA